AUGGACAGACGAAGCGCCUACUCCCUCAGUGUCCUCCCCGCAGUGGCUGACGGCCCUGAUGAAUCACGGACCGCCAUUCAAACUCAGCUACGAGAAUUCAUACUGGCUUUUCAGCUAGACAACACUUUUAUCUACAGAGACCAGAUUCGACAGAAUAUCCUUGCGAAAAAGUAUUAUUGUGACGUCGAUGUGGCCCAUUUGAUCGCAUAUAACGAAGACCUAGCUCACAGGCUCACCACCAACCCGCUAGAUACAAUUCCACUGUUCGAAGCUGCUCUCAAGCAAUGCACCCAGCGAAUAGUAUACCCAUCUCAAAAGGACGUUGAGUUGCCCGAACACCAGCUCCUCCUUCAUUCAAGCGCGUCCCAUAUCACGAUAAGAGACCUCAAUGCUACGAACGUGUCACAUCUAGUACGAAUACCCGGAAUCGUGAUCGGUGCUUCAACGAUAUCCUCCAAAGCAACCGCCAUCCAUAUCAAAUGCAGGAACUGCGAAUUCUCAGAAAACCUUGUUGUUGAUGGCGGGUUUUCGGGAUUAUCACUACCACGAACGUGUGGAAAAGAGAGACUUCCAAACGAGGAUAUGUGUCCGAUGGACCCCUACGUGGUUGUGCACGAGAAAUGUCAAUUCAUCGAUCAACAAGUUCUCAAACUCCAAGAGGCUCCGGAUCAAGUUCCUGUUGGAGAGCUUCCUCGUCAUAUUUUGAUAUCCGCCGAUCGAUAUCUUGCCAACCGUGUGGUACCUGGUUCUCGAUGCACGGUGAUGGGCAUCUUCUCUAUCUACCAAUCCAAAGGGAAGAAAAGCGCGACAAGUGGAGCAACCGCAAUCCGAAACCCUUAUGUCCGAGCCGUCGGCAUUACCUCUGACAUUGACCAUACCGCAAAGGGCAGUUCGAUCUUUUCUGAAGAAGAAGAGCAGGAGUUCCUGGAAAUGAGCAGAAGGCCCGAUCUCUACAACGUGUUCGCAGAUUGCAUAGCGCCGUCCAUUUACGGCAACCAUGACAUAAAAAAGGCAAUAGCGUGUCUUCUCAUGGGUGGAUCCAAGAAGAUAUUACCCGAUGGCAUGAAGCUGCGAGGGGACAUCAACGUUCUCCUGCUCGGUGACCCGGGUACCGCUAAGUCACAGCUUCUGAAGUUUGUUGAAAGAGUGGCUCCAAUAGCUAUAUAUACGUCUGGCAAGGGUUCAUCGGCUGCAGGUCUUACCGCUUCCGUACAGCGUGAUGCGACUACACGGGAAUUCUACCUCGAAGGAGGUGCAAUGGUGCUUGCAGACGGCGGCGUUGUAUGCAUUGAUGAAUUUGAUAAGAUGCGGGACGAAGACCGUGUCGCGAUUCAUGAAGCCAUGGAGCAGCAAACGAUAUCUAUUGCAAAGGCCGGCAUCACCACCAUUUUAAACGCCCGUACCUCUGUACUGGCUGCGGCCAAUCCGGUAUUCGGACGGUACGAUGACAUGAAAACUCCAGGCGAGAAUAUCGAUUUUCAGACCACGAUUUUGUCCAGAUUCGACAUGAUCUUCAUCGUAAGAGAUGAGCAUGAGAAAGGACGGGAUAAGAAAAUGGCGAGGCACGUAAUGGGCAUUCACAUGGGCGGUAGAGGAGUUGAGGAACAGGUUGAGGCGGAGAUCCCAGUGGAGAAAAUGAAGCGGUAUAUCAGCUACUGCAGAUCUCGCUGCGCACCUCGCCUCUCUCCUGAAGCGGCGGAGAAGCUGUCGUCACAUUUCGUUUCGAUCCGCAGACAGGUGCACAAAGCCGAGUUGGACGCCAACGCACGGUCGUCCAUCCCCAUUACAGUCCGUCAAUUAGAAGCCAUCAUCCGAAUCACAGAGUCUCUCGCCAAGUUGAGUCUAUCGCCGAUCGCCACCGAAGCUCACGUCGAUGAGGCGGUGCGAUUGUUCCUUGCGUCCACCAUGGAUGCAGCCGUGCACGGCGAGGGCCAUGCAAGCAAAGAGCUGAUGGCCGAGGUUGGAAAGGUGGAAGACGAGUUGAAGCGACGGUUACCGAUUGGCUGGAGCACGAGUCUGGCUACAUUACGGCGCGAAUUUGUGGACGGGAGAAACUAUACGGAGCAGGCGUUGAACAGGGCUCUCGUCAUUCUGCAGCGGAGAGAAACAAUACAGUUCCGUUCAGGAGGAUCGCAGGUGUAUCGGAAUGGGCCAUGA